AUGUUUAUUAUUACAGAGAAUCCAAAACCUGUGCUGAUUAUAAAACCUGAUACACAGGUGUUGAGAGGAGAGAUUGUGACUAUCAGGUGUGAAAUAAAGAGAAUAGAAUACACUGAGUGGAAUUACGACUGGUAUAGAGAUGAUAACACUCUCGACCCAAACCUCACAACACAGGAAUUUAGCAUCAGCUCUAUUACAGACACUUAUAGAGGGAAAUACACCUGCAGAGGGAGGAAAAGCAGUGACAAUCAAGUCUCAAAGACAAGUGAUCCUGUUACUCUCACUGUAUCAGAAAAACCUAAACCUGAACUCACAUCAGACCUUAAAGGAGCUGCACUGACAGGAAACUCAGUGACUCUGUACUGUACACUGAAGCUGCAGUCUGCUGGAUGGAAGUUUUACUGGAGCAAAGACACACUGGGCAAAGAAACUGAGAGUGAAACACACUCCUACACCAUCAGAUCAGUCAGUGUCUCUGAUGGAGGUCAUUACAGGUGCAGAGCUGGAAGAGGAAACCCAGUCUACUACACACACUACAGUGAUGCACUCUGGGUAAAAGUUACUGAGAGUCCCAAACCUAUGGUGAUUAUAAAGCCUGAUUCACAAGUUUUCAAAGAAGAGACUGUGACGUUCAGGUGUGAAAUACAGGCAGGAAGAGACACUGAGUGGAAUUAUGACUGGUUUGAGGAAAGGAUAAAUAACAGGAAUCCUUAUUAUCAAAAGCUAAAUUCACCUUAUACAACACAGGAGUUCAGCAUCAGUUUUGUAACAGACUCUUCUAGAGGGAAAUACACCUGCAGAGUGAGCAGAUGCAGUGACAAUCAGAUCUCAAAGAGAAGUGAUUCUGUUACUCUCACUGUAUCAGAAAAACCCAAACCGACUGUGAGUGUGAAUCCUCAGAGCUUCAUCUACACUGGAGAAACAGUUACUCUGAACUGUAAUCUGCAGUCUACUGGAUGGAGCUUUUCCUGGUAUAAAGAUAACCAGAACUCACCUGAAACCCAAAAUACCAACCCACUCAGUGUGAUCAUCUCUAAUGAAGGACAAACAACAUACUACUGCAAAGCACUCAGGGGAAACUACGAGUCAGAGUUCAGUGCUGCAGCUACAGUUACAGUGAAAGCGAGACCAAAGCCUGUAGUGAAAAUACACCCAGCUGUGAAUGUGUUCAUUGGGGAAACUGUCACUCUCACAUGUGACAUACAGACUGGAGGAUCCUGGAAGUACCACUGGUAUAGAAAUAAUAUAAAAUGUAGAAAUGCUGCAGGAAAUAAGAACUACACAAUCACUGAUGUUAAAGACUCUAAUAAAGGUCCUUAUAGCUGUAAAGGAACUCAAUCAUCAGACCCAAAAUACACACAGAGCAGUGAUGCAGUUACACUGACUGUAUCAGAGUCUCCUAAACCUGUGGUGAUUAUAAAACCUGAUACACAAGUGUUCAGAGGAGAAACUGUGACUUUCAGGUGUGAAAUACAGAGAGGAAGAGACACUGAGUGGAGAUACGACUGGUAUAAGGAUGAUAACACACUCGACCCAAACCACACAACACAGGAGUUCAGCAUCAGCUCUGUUCCAGACUCUUCUAGAGGGAAAUACACCUGCAGAGGGAGGAGACGCAGUGACAAUCAGAUCUCAGAGACGAGUGAUUCUGUUACUCUCACUGUAUCAGAUGGUGAUGUGAUCCUGGACAGUCCUGUCCAUCCUAACAGGAUGGAGCUCCGUCCACUCUGUGUGAUGAUCUUGCUGACUGGACUCAUCCAUGGUGCUCAAGCAGAGAGACCCAAACCUGUGGUGAUUAUAAGACCGGGUACACAUGUGUUCAGUGGAGAAAAAGUGACAUUCAAAUGUGAACUACAGGGAGGAGGAGACACUGAGUGGACAUACAGCUGGUAUAAGAAAGAUAACAGAAAUCCCCCAUUCAGCACAACACAGGAGUUCAGCCGUGACUCAGUUACAGACUCUGACAGUGGUGAAUACACCUGCAGUGGGAGGAGACACAGUGACUCUCAGAGCUCAGAGAUCAGUGAUCCUCUUACACUCACUGUAUCAGAAAAACUGAAACCUAAACUCACAUCAGACCUUGCAGGAGCUGCUCUAAUAGAAAACUCAGUGUCACUGCUCUGUACACUGAAUCUGCAGUCUGCUGGAUGGAAGUUUUACUGGAAGAAAGAGACACAGAGCCGUGAGACUGAAACUGAUACAGAUCACUAUACAAUUAGCUCAGUUACAGUCUCUGAUGGAGGUCAGUACAGGUGCAGAGCUGGAAGAGGAAGAAGCCCAGUCUACUACACACACUACAGUGAUGCACUCUGGGUAAAUGUUAUUGAGUCCCCUAAACCUGUGCUGAUAUUUGAGCCUGAUAAACAGGUGUUCAGUGGAGAGAAGGUGACGUUCAGGUGUGACCUACAGACAGAAGAAAACACUAAGUGGACAUAUUACUGGUUUCGGAAUGAUUAUACCUCCCACCCAUACCAAACAACACAGGAUUCGAGCUUUAGCUUAGAUACACAAUAUUACACAAACUAUUACAGUGGUAAAUACUCCUGCAGAGGGAGAAGAAGUGACUCUCACAUCUCUAAGAUCAGUGAUCCUGCUACACUCACUGUAUCAGAAAAACCUGAACCUGAACUCACAUCAGACCUUAAAGGAGCUGCACUGACAGGAAACUCAGUGACUCUGUACUGUACACUGAAGCUGCAGUCUGCUGGAUGGAAGUUUUACUGGAACACCCAGAGCCAUGAGACUGACACCGAAACACACUCCUACACCAUUAGACCAUUUAGUGUUGCUGAUGGAGGUCGGUACUGGUGCAGAGCUGGAAGAGGAAACCCAUUCUACUUCACACACUACAGUAAUGCACUCUGGGUAAAUGUUAUUGAGAAUCCUAAACCUGUGGUGAUUAUAAAGCCUGAUACACAAGUGUUCAGAGGAGAAACUGUGACUUUCAGGUGUGAAAUAAAGAGAGGAAGAGACACUGAGUGGAGAUACGACUGGUAUAAGGAUGAUAACACACUCGGCCCAAAACACACAACACAGGAGUUCAUUAUCAGCUCUGUUCCAGACUCUUCUAGAGGGAAAUACACCUGCAGAGGGAGGAGACGUAGUGACAAUCAGAUCUCAAAGAUGAGUGAUUCUGUUACUCUCACUGUAUCAGGGGUUGCCACAGCGGAUGAUCUGUCUCCAUACCCCGCUGUUCUCUACAUCUACCUCUAUCGCAUAAUCUACCUGUAUGUUUUGCUUCACCACAUCCAUGAAACUCCUCCUUUGCCUUCCUCUUUUCCUCCUUCCUGGCGGCUCCAUCCUCAGCAUUCUCCUACUAAUAUACCCAUCGGUGAAUCUCCUCCAGUGUCUCUGAUCAUCAAUCCCAGCAGAACUCAACACUUUACUGCUGAAUCUCUCUCACUGGGCUGUGAGGACCAGAGAAACUCUACUGGAUGGACAGUGAGACACGACACGCACAUUCAAGCCUCAUUCAGUUGUUCAUCAGUUUCAGGAUCUACAUGUAACAUCAGCUCCCUCUCUCCAUCACACACUGGAGUUUACUGGUGUCAGUCUGAAUCUGGAGAACGCAGUAAAUCUGUUAAAAUCACAGUACACAAUGGUGAUGUGAUCCUGGACAGUCCUGUCCAUCCUGUAACUGAGGGAAAUCCUCUGACUUUACACUGUUUAUAUCGCAACACAAACAUCUCAACUGGUAUUGAUUUCUAUAAAGAUGAAUCAAUUCUCCAGAAUCAGACUACAGGAGUGAUGACCAUCAGCAGUGUGUCAAAGUCAGAUGAAGGUUUCUACCACUGUAAACAUCCAGAGAGAGGAGAGUCACCGAGAAGCUUGAUUUCAGUCAGAGUAUUUCUUCCUCCAAUUCAAGCACAUGGUGAAGCUUCAUUAUCAGUUCUGAAGCUCCUCAGCAGUGCAGUAACAGUCUCUGUGUAUGUGCUGUUGACCUUCAUUCUGGCAGUGAAAUGCUACAGAGCUCAAACUGAACCUGAUGACAACAACAGACCAUACAGAGUGAUAGAAGCUGAAACAUCUUUCUGAGUGUUAAAUGGCACGUUUUUUGUUUCACAAUUGUCAGGAUUUGGAAGUGUUGUUUCAUAUUUUGGCCACUAGAGGCCAUCACUUAUACAUCACUGUAUUUUAUUUUACUGCAUUUAUAGAAGCUCUGUAGAAGCCAGGCGGCAGUGACCAACCCUAACCCUAACCCUAACCCUAACCCUAACCCUCUAGUGGCCAAAUCAUAAAACAACAAUCUAAAUCUAAAUGAAUGUACAUGCUGUCAGUAAGUACAAUUUUAGUAACGAGUGGAUCAACAGGUGUUUAGUUUAUUUUUAAAUGAUUUUUAUUUCUGACAUACUAUUUGAAUAACUUCUAUUUGUUUUCUUUUCAUGUUGCAUUAUUUUUAGCUAUACAGUAAAACACUGUUGUACGAGCAACUAAUAGUAAAAGCAAACGGAGAUACGAGCGACCUUGCUCACAAAAUUCUACCCUAUUUCACGAGCAAAUUUUGAGGCACAAGCAAACCCACACUGCCGGUUCCCUGCUCUCAGCCGAGGGUCGCAUCAGUCGCUUAGUUAAUCACUCGGUCACUCGGUCCCUUUCGUUGUUCAGUGCAGCAAAAACAUAACUUUUUCUUAGUGUUAUAUUUUUAUGUUUACAUUACGGUAAUUUGCGGUGUAUUUGUUUUUA